AGGCGAGGACGGGUUCCAGCCUGGCAACAUCCUAUUGGUGCAGGUGCAGCACUUCAUGACGUAUGCGUCCAUCUCAGCGCGUCCCUCGCCGCGCCUCAACCUCAUCGUGGGGCCCAACGGCUCCGGCAAGAGCUCCCUCGUCUGCGCCAUCGGCCUGGGGCUGGGCGGUGAACCCAAGAUGCUGGGGCGGGCGGCGCAUUUGGGAGAGUUUGUGCAGCGGGGGGAGCGCAAUGCCGAGAUCAGCAUUGUGCUGCGAGGGGACGUGGUGGGGGAGGAGGUGCACGUCACCCGCCGUAUCUCCAUUGAGAACCGAACCGACUGGCUGCUCGAUGGGCAAGAGAUGCGGGGGGAGCAGGUGCAGGAGUGCAUGAAGCACUUCAACAUUCAGAUCUCCAACCUCACACAGGCAAGUGCAGUGGGGCACACACACACUUUAAUUCUUCCUUUUCUGCUCUUUUGUCACCCUCCUUUCCAACCCCUCGCUUCUCAACAGUGCAGCUGCCUCUGGAUCCCCAUUCACCAAUCUCCCGCACCCCCCGUUACCCAUUCCAUCCGCCUCUCCCCUUCCACUCAACCCCGCCCCACAGUUCCUCCCCCAGGACUGCGUGACCGGGUGAGUGCGUUCGCGGGCAUGUCACCCAUACAGCUGCUGGAGGAGACGCAGAGGGCAGUGGGCGACCCACAGCUGUCCCAGCAGCACGCCUUCCUCAAAGACCAGCAGGACGCCCUCGCCACCCUGCAUGCUACGUUGGUGUCACACGAGGGGCAGUUGGGGAAGCUGCAGAAAGCGAACGCGCAGGUGGAGGUGGAUGUGGAGAAGGUGCAACGCAGGGAGGCCAUUCUCAAGGAGGUAGCGCUGAUGAAGAAGAAGGUGCCAUGGCUCAAGUACGAGCAGGUGAAGCGGCGUGUGAGGGAGAUGGAGGCAGCAGUGGAGGCGAGGCACAAAGAGAGGGACGAACUGCAGACACAAGUCAUGGCCGCCAGAGACCCCCUCGUAGCGUUGAAGGAGAGGCGUGCGGGGCUUGCAUCGCUGGUGGCGAAGAUAGGGCGUGCGAACGAGGCGAGGGAGAGGAAGCUGCGGGAACUGGCAGAAGAGAGCGACCAGCUGGGCCACCAGGCGGUGGAGAGGCAGCGGGACGUGGUGAAUGCGCGGAGGUUCGAGGCGACCCGCGAGCAGCGGCUGGCCAGGGCGCAGGAGGAGGUGCAGCAGCUGCAGGUUCAGCUCGCCGCCCUACCGGAAGUGGAACCACCCACGGCAGCUGUGGAUUCGCUGGGGAAACGAGGGAGGGAGUUGCGGAUGCAGGCGGGGGAGAAGGAGCGCGAGGGGCGGCAGCUGGAGCAGCAGAUGAGCGUUCUGAGGGAGCAGAUGGGACGCGUGGAGCGACGCAUGCACGAGGUGGCCAACAGUCGCAACCGGCGAAUAGAGCGGGCGGGUGACAGGGAGCUGAAGCAGGCGUGUGAGUGGCUCGACCACAACCGCGCUCAGUGCAAGGGCGCCGUCUACGGACCCAUUCUCGCUGAGGUAUGUACUGGUAUUAGAAGGUGGGAACCAGUUUUGAAAGAUGUUUUGAAAGGUGGGACACAGCUGAAAUGUGAGAUCCAUUUCUGA